CGCCGCAGUCGACCAUCCAUGGCCUCUGAAGACGACGUGUCGCCGGAGCUCCUCCACCGCCUCCAGCGCUCGUGCUCCAUCAAGCGGUCCAACUCGACGCCCGAGUGCACCUGCGAUGUUGUCUGCGACGGCUCGUGCCGCCGACCACGCCUCGACAACGACGUCUCUGGAAGCGACGACGAAGACGACGACCUCGCCACCAGCGACGAUGAUGGCGUCGACGUCGAUGCGCCGCGGACCGACGUCAACGACGAGUGCAAGCCAUCGAUUGAUGACGACGACGAGUGCAAGCCACCACCCACGUCGACGCCGUUGCCACCUCUCCACGCAGCACCGGCCUUCGUGCCAUCACCGCCGUCGCCCGUGAAGCCUCGCAGCCGGUCGCACCCGCCGCAGAUCAUCGAGUACCUCUGGCACGGCGAGGCGCUCGGACUUGAAAUCUGCCGGUCCAAGAUGCGCCACAGCGGCGCGCCGUACAGCCAGCCGCGCAUCACGCUCCGGUGGAAGCAAGGCCCGAUCGGCAUGACGUUUGGCAUCGAGAAGGCGACGCGGCAGGUGUACAUCAAGCGCGUCCAGCGCGAGUACGGCAACAUCCACGCAGGCUUCCUCCUCGUGUUUGCCAACGGCGCGGUCGUCUCGGAGCGCAACUUUGACGUGAUCAUGCAGGACCUCAAGCGCAACCACGACCUCGGCCGGGAGCAAACGCUCGAGUUUGUGCCGCCGCCGUCGCCGCCCAUGGCCCGCCUUUUGAGCACCGAGAGCCCGCUCGCGCGCAUCGGCGUGACCCACCACUACGAACUCAUGCUCGUGGGCGAGACCCGCGCCCUGUACCUGACGCUGCCCGAGAUCCAGCAGCUGUUGCAGACGUCGCCGCGCCCGACGCGUCUCUCGUUCUGCUUCAACCCGGCGGCGCACGACGUCAUGGUCGCCACGCACCAGCGUGCGCCCGAGAAGGCUGGGCCGAUCGCCUUCGACAACAGGGCCAUCGCCGCCGCCGCCUUUGCUGCGGUCAUUUGCUUAUAAUCUUACGCCUGUCUAUCCCAGUGCCAUCCGCUGUUUAGUCCCAACA